AUGUCGGACCCCAACCACGACAGCGAUGACAACGACGAUAUAAUAUGCGAUUCAGACAUCGAGAUGAGUCUCAGUACGGAAGAGGCGAAGCCGAGGUUCGCUCAGGAGUUUGUGUACAAAGUGCUGACCAUCGAUGAGAUACAGAAGCAAAUGCACGGUUGCAUCGAAGAGAUCAAAGCCGUCAUACAGUUGUCUUCCGAUGACAUCAAAGCCCACGACUUGUUUGGCUUAGACUGCGAUCACCUCUUCUGCACUCAUUGUUGGACGCAAUACCUGACCACUAAAAUCAUGUCUUCGGGCGACGUGAUGGCCAUCACCUGUCCGGACACCGACUGCAAAGUGGUGGUCGACGAGGAGCAGGUGCUGCAACUGAUCACCGACUCCUACAUGGUGUCCCCGUCCGAGAAGAUCGACGGAAAGACCGCCAAUUGGAUCAUCACUAACACCAAGGAGUGUCCCAAAUGCCGGACCACUAUCGAGAAGAACGGCUGCAAUCACAUGACCUGUCGGUCCGUCAAAUGCAAGUACCAGUUCUGUUGGGUGUGUCUGGACGGGUGGUCAACGCACGGCACCUCCUAUUAUAACUGCAAUAAGUAUAACGACAGCAAAGCCAAGGAUAGGAAAGACAGUGACAUGCAGGACAGGUAUCACAUGAGUUGGGUGGAGGUGCAGUUCAUGGAGCGGGCGGUGGAGGUGUUGUGCAGCUGUAGGCAGACCCUGAUGUACACCUAUGUGUUCGCCGCAUACAACGAUAGGACCCCUCAGAUCGACAUCUUUGAUGACAACCAGAGAUCUGCAGAAAGCGGUCGAAACGCUCUCCGAAUACUUGAAGCGCGAGAUCGACGCCGAAGAGGACAACCAUCCCAAGUCUUGCAUUCAUUGAAUUACUGCCAAAAUCGACGCAAAGCUCUCAUCAAUCAUAUCUCGGAAGGCAAUGAGAAGGAGUGGUGGAAGUAUAGCUUCGACUGA